GACUUCACUUCAGUGGCUUCACAUUCGAUGCGCCACGGGCCAAUGCUGCGCCAACGGAGUGGGCUUCGGAUCUCUUUGGCAAGACCUGGCUCUUGCGUCUCAAGGAGAAAUGGUUGGGCCUGGGACCAUGUCCCUUUAGCGAUCUGGCGGACUGCCUGGUACCUGUUAGAAAGGAGGACGCCAUCCCCGUGACGCUCUUCGGACGCGGCAGUCGGCUGCCUCGGAAGGGUGACCUCAUCGAGGCUGGAUUGGCCUUGCAGGAGCCGAGCUGA